UCAAAUUCAUCUGUUCGGCUGUGUGGCUGGCUUUGCUUCGUGCCGCUGGGGGGAACUCCGAUUCGUCCAAAUUUUGUUGAUAAUUGGCGCCCAGUUGCCAAAUAAAAAGUUACAUUUCGUCCGAUCCGCUGAAAGUAACUGCUAAAAAAUGGAGGAUGGUGAUUUCGAUAAUGACGAUGUCGCAGGAGACGAUUUUGAAGAUGUUGACGAGGAAGAUCAAAUUGACGACUUGAAUCAAGAUGAGGAAGUGGAUAACAUCGAGAUAAUAGCACCUGGGCAAGCUGGGGGUGGUGUGCCAAAGUCAAAGCGAAUUACGACGCGCUACAUGACGAAAUACGAGAGAGCUCGUGUGCUGGGGACACGGGCCCUGCAGAUUGCCAUGUGUGCCCCAAUUAUGGUGGAACUGGACGGUGAAACUGACCCGCUACAGAUCGCGAUGAAGGAACUGAAGCAGAGAAAAAUUCCGAUCAUUAUAAGACGCUAUUUGCCGGAUCAUUCGUACGAGGAUUGGAGCAUUGACGAACUCAUUAUUGUGGACCAUUGAGGCGUUGGGUUCUGUUGAUGUUUGCCUCUAAUAUUAAGAUAGUUUUACGUGGCUGAUGAAAGAGUUACUUCUAAGAAUAAAGUAAUUUUAAGGAA